AUGGCUGAUUGUGCAGAGAUUGAUAUUUACGGUGAUGAUAUUGAACCUGAAACUGCUACGGGAGAAAUGGAUAUUUACGAUGGAGUAGACUUGUACGAUGAUGUAAUUGCAGCUCCUCAAGGGAGUGAAGAAAAUGUGAAUCCAAAUAGAAUUCCACAAGGUGCUCCUCCAGUAACACCAGGUCCAUCUCCCAAUGGUCUGGCUUUUCCACCCAAGAAUCCUCAAAUACUACAAAGGUUUCAGUUAUAUGUAGGAAACUUAACAUGGUGGACCACUGAUCAAGACAUUACUGAUGCAGUCCUCAGUAUAGGUGUCACAGACUUUAUGGAAGUGAAAUUCUUUGAAAAUCGAGCAAAUGGCCAAUCCAAAGGUUUUUGUGUUAUUUCACUGGGUUCGGAACCCAGUAUGAGAAUCUGUUUGGAAAGAUUACCUAAAAAAGAACUUCAUGGACAACUACCAGUAGUAACGUUUCCCUCGAAGCAAGCAUUGUCUCAGUUCGAGUCUCAGUCUAAAACUCGAUCAACUCCUCCACAAAAUAAUCAAGGACCACCAAUGCAGGGUCCGCCUUUGCAAGGACAUCCUGGUCAUCCACCUAUGCCUCCGAUUCAAGGGCCGCCUGGACCACAGCAAAGGCAUCCUCAUCCUGUUGGGCCUAGGAUGGUCAUGGGGCCAGGAGGGCCUCCUAUGGGACCAGGAGGUCCACAAAUGGGACCUCCUCCUCCAAUCAGAGGAAGAAUGCCUCCUCCUCAUGGACCUCCUCCUGGCUAUCAGCAACAUUGGAAUGGUCCUCCACGUCAAAAUGGGCCACCAAGACCGCCGGGACCUCAUCAAGGACCCGGAGGUCCUCCUGGUCCACAGCAAAGACCUCCUGGAAUGCGUCCCGAUUGGGGUCACAGACCCGGACCGGGUGGUCCACCACCUGGCCAUCCUGGUCAGUAUGCAUCUCAUCAUCAAGGUCCUCCAAUGCAAGGUCCUCCAGGACCCCCACCAGGACAUGGGGGACCGCCAGGAGCUCCCGCACCUCAUGUGAAUCCAGCAUUUUUUCAAAGUCAACACGGGCAUCCUGGGGCCCCUCAUCCUGUGGGGCCGCCUCAUCCUGUUCAGCAUCCAGGAGGUCCACCGCCGUCGAGUGGCCCUCCACCGGGUGCAGGUUACGGUCCAAGAACGCAGCCUUCAGGUAAGUUAUUUACACAGAGUUACGCACCGCCCCCUCCUGACAUUCGACAAGAUUCCGCCCCAGCAAUCAGUGACACAGAAUUUGAAGAAAUUAUGGGAAGAAACAGAACUGUUUCGAGUUCGGCCAUUGCUAGAGCCGUUUCGGAUGCAGCUGCUGGUGAAUAUGCUAGUGCUAUUGAAACAUUGGUCACCGCAAUUUCCCUCAUCAAGCAAAGUAAAGUUGCCAACGAUGAUCGUUGUAAAAUUUUGAUAUCAAGCUUGCAAGAUACAUUACACGGAGUCGAAGCAAAAAGUUAUGGCUCGUCCCGAAGAGACAGAUCUAGAUCACGUGAUAGGGAUCGUCAUAGAAGACGAAGAGAAAGAUCAAGGUCUAGAGAUAGAGAAUACAGAGAUCGGUCAAGAGAAAGGGAUCGAGAAAGGUUAAUUUUUUAA